GUAGGUUGUUUUCCUCCCGUUCCAAGCCACAGCCUCUCUCCAUUUCUGGUUUCACCGAGAGAUAGAGAGGAGGGGAGAGAGAUAAAGGGAGGGAACUGGAAGUCUGAAACCACUUUCUCUGAAGAUUUAGCAGAGAUCAGAAAGAGAAAGAUGGAAGAUUGAGAGACGUAUAUAGAUAUAUUUAUAUAUGUGAAUGUAUAGACGGUGAAGAAGAAGAUGGAGGAGACGGCAGCUGUUUCAGUACCGGUUAUGGGUUCUGUAAGGCAAGUUGUUAAUGUUGAAGCGGUGGAAGAAGAAAGGAAGCCUCUUCUUGGGUUCCUGGCUUCCAGCAAAGGAGAUGAUCCGCUGCAGCAAUAUCACCAUCAACAUCAACACCAACUACUGCUGCAACAACAUAUGCAGCAAAGCCAGCUUGGACUGGUUCAAAAUCACGGUGUUUCUUCAUCUUCAUCAUCCGCCAUUGCGGCUGCCAACUUCAUGAGCAAAGAUACCGCAGCCUAUGAUUUGAGUGACUUGGAUCAAGCCCUCUUUCUUUAUUUCAGCGGACAGGACGUCUCGUCUGUGCAAGACCAAAAGCGUAUUUUCAACAGAUUAUAUCUGCAAGCGAGUUAUGCGAUGAGCCCUCCAACUUUGAACAUUUUCCCUUCUCAGCCGAUGCACACUGAGCCAUCGCCAACCAAGGCAACUGUUGGAUUAGUUUCCCCAUCAACCAACACUGGUUCAAAGAGGUGUUCUGAUCAGCCGCCGGCCGACCUUUCCGAUCCCAAAAAUAACGUCGCCCCGUCGCCUGAUCCACCAGCUAAAACUAUGAAGCCUGAAGGUACCCCCAAAGGCCCAACAUCAAGCUCAGAGCAGGAAAGACCCAAAACACCAGAUCCCAAGACAUUGAGGAGGCUUGCUCAGAAUAGAGAGGCGGCUAGGAAAAGCAGGCUCAGGAAGAAGGCUUAUGUUCAGCAACUGGAGUCAAGUAGGCUCAAGCUCGCUCAACUUGAACAAGAACUGCAAAGGGCCAGAUCACUUCACGGGUGCUAUGUUGGUGUUGGUGACCAUGGCAUACCCCUCGUUAAUAAUAUAUCCCCAGUUGCUGGAGUUUUCGACAUGGAGUACGGGAAGUGGAUGGAGCAGCACCACAGGCUGAUGUGGGAGCUGCGGGCGGCCAUGGAAGAGCAGAUACCGGAGAAUGAGCUUCGGGUUCUAGUGGACAACUGCUUGGCACACUUCGAUGAGAUGAUGAACCUGAAGAGCUUGCUGGCCAAGGCCGACGUCUUCCACCUCGUCUCCGGCAGCUGGAAGUCUCCCGCCGAGCGCUGCUUCAUGUGGCUCGGCGGCUUCCGCCCCUCCAACCUCCUCAAGAUUGUUGUGAACCAAAUGGGGGAGUUGACGCAGCAACAGCUGCUUGGAGUGUAUGGCCUGCAACAGUCAGCACAAGAGGGAGAAGAAGCACUGUCUCAAGGCAUGGAAGCUCUGUAUCAAGCUCUCUCAGACACCAUCUCUUCUGAUGCACUCAACAACCCUACCAACGUGGCUGACUACAUGAACCAGAUGGCCCUGGCCAUUGACAAGCUCUCCACCAUUGAAGCUUUCGUCCAACAGGCUGAUAAUCUGAGGCAACAAAUAGUUCAUCGGCUGCACCAAAUCCUGACGACCCGACAAGCGGCGAUAUGUCUUCUGGCAAUGGCCGAGUACUUCCAUCGCCUCCGAGCUCUCAGCUCACUCUGGUUGGCUCGCCCGCGACAACCUUAAUUUCAUCAUAUCAUAUCAUAUAUAGACUCUCUCUCUCUCUCUCUCUCUCUCUCGUACUUCUUCUUCCUUAUGGCUCGUUUGAUUUUGCGCAUAUAUAUACAUAUAUGGAUUGUGCAUAGGGAUAGACUAGACGAAAGUAAAUGAUGAUUGAAGUU